AUGGGCAGCUUCACGGGAUUCUUGUACAGGCAAUUUACAUUCAAACCCAAGCCUCUUCCUACAACUGUCAACCUCAAAGGGAAGACGGCUCUGGUGACUGGUGCCAGCGGUGGUCUCGGUUUGGAAGCCUGCCUCGAGCUAGCCGCACACGGCGUUUCGCGUAUCAUUCUAGGGGUCCGCGACCCAUCCAAAUCCGACGCCGCGAAACCUAUACAAGCGAAAAAUCCCAACGUCGAUGUGCAGGUAUGGCAAAUCGAACAGGAAUCAUUUGCAAGUAUCAAAGAGUUUGCCGACCGAGCUGCGGGCCUCGAUAGGUUGGACAUCGUCAUCCUUAAUGCUGGCGUCAAAAAUGUAGAGUACGUUAAGUCGUCUAAGGGCGGCCAUGAGCUCAACGUUCAGGUCAACCACCUCGGUACGGCGCUCCUGUCGCUUCUACUCCUCGGCCCGCUCCGGAGAACUGGUGAUGCGACAGGCACGCCGGCGCGUUUAACUAUCGUAAGCUCAGAAAAUCACUUCUGGGUUAAGUUGAAGGUGAUUAAAGGGCCCGACACAUUGGCGCGCAUGGAUGAUAAGGAGACCUUCGGCAAGGACAUGGAUCGAUAUAACCUAACCAAGUUACUAAACGUGCUUUGGAUGCGCGAACUUAGCACCAGGGCCAGCAGGAAUGUUGUUAUCAACGCUGUCAACCCCGGAUUUUGUCGGAGUGGAUUGCAUCGAAGCCACUCUAGCGGAGCUUCGUUCGCUAACAUGGUCGGAUGGACGGCUACUCAAGGCGGGCAUGCCCUAACGGAUGCCGCAACUCAACACCCCCAAGAUCAUGGGGCAUACAUCAGUGAGCAGACGCUCUUCAGUCCAUCAUCAUUCGUUCUCUCCAAGGAAGGUCACAGCGCGCAGGUCAAGAUCUGGAAUGAGACCAUCGAGCUUCUUACCCAAGAGGCCCCCUCAUCAGACCUGUUAUCUAAUCUUUGA